AUGGCUUUGCGCCACGACGAAGCUGCUGGCCACUUCGCUGCCGCUAUCUAUUCCGGUGCUUUCUCAUCAGGAUCGGUCAUUCAUUUCGUAUACUACGACGACUUGGUGGUGCUGUUCGGGUUGGAUUUCGAGCCAUUGUGGCAAAUUGCAAAUCAGAACCGGUGUGAUGCCCUCCUCCGGGCUGGUAGACUCCAAGAAGCCUUGAAAUCACAUCAAUACAUGAUCGAUAUAAAUUAUGGAGUUACGAAACCCAGCUGCGCCGAUUGGUCCACUGCUUUCACGCAAGAAUGCAGCAAGCUAUCUCGUGACGCCGGAUGUGCAGCCCUCGCCGCACGAGACUACGACAAGGCUAUUGAGCUAUACUCCAUGGUGAUCGACCUGAAUUCUGCAAGUGGCACCGACUUUGCGAAACGCAGCGAGGCCAAGUCGGGCAAAUUGCUAUGGGAGGAUGCGCUUCUUGAUGCGCAAAAGGCCAUCGAUCUCAAGCCUUCGUCUCACGUUGGGUACGAGGUAAAGCAUGCAGCGCUUCAUGGAGCCCAGUGCUAUGAUGAAGCUAUCGAGGCCUUCGACAUGAUGAUCUCGAAAUUGGACAGUGCUACUGACAUGCAAAUGCGAAAGCUGCGCAGACAGUAUCUCAGUCUCUCCGAAGCCACGAGUGAUAUUCGAAAGAUCAUGGGCGAUCAACUCAACGCUGCCCCGCUGCGUCUACUCAACACCGCCACUGGACUCUUAUGCGACCGAGGAGCACAGUUUGGCGCCUUUGAAACAACAAUAGACUACAAGAAGCUUCUAUUGUCGACUAUGAAGCACCCUGAGCUUGGAACGGAGCACAUCACAGACGCGGUGGCGACGUACUUCCGUUGCGUUAUGUUAUCCCAUAGAUGGGACGAAAAGGAGCCGCGGUUGCAGGACAUCAAGGACCAGGAUGUAUACAAGUUGAAGGCAGGAAAUCUCGUCAAGUUGCAGUCAUUCUGCGACAUGGCUCGUAAGGCAGAGUAUCACUGGGCGUGGGUCGAUUCUUGUUGCAUCGACCAGCGCGACAACGGCGAAGUCCAAAAAUCACUGAACUCUAUGUUUGGUUGGUAUCGCGACUCAGCGCUCACGGUCGUUUACCUGUCAGAAGCUUUGCCUUCGUCCCAGUCCGGCGCGCUGGCGAAGAGCUCAUGGAACACCCGAGGAUGGACUGUCCCCGAAUUCCUCGCACCUAAAGUCAUUCGCUUCUACCAACAGGAUUGGACUCCAUAUCUCAACGACCUCUCCCCCAACCAUAAGAAAUCCGAGAAGAUCAUGGGUGAAUUGGAGGAUGCGACGGGCAUAGAUGCCCACGCCCUCGUCGCCUUCCAACCUGGGACGAGAGACGCCCGGGAGAAACUCCGAUGGGCGUCUACGCGCGUCACCACCGUGCCGGAAGACAUCGCGUAUUCGCUGUUCGGCAUCUUCGGCGUCCAACUUCCUGUCCUUUAUGGAGAGAACAAGCAAAAUGCGCUCGGGCGGCUCCUACAGGUAAUCGUAACUCAGUCGGGCGACAUUACUGCCCUCGACUGGGUCGGACAACCAUCCACAUUCAACAGUUGUCUACCAGCCAACAUUAUUUCGUACGACGCUCCACCAUACAUUAUACCACCUCUAUCCGAAGAUGAGAUUCAGUCAUCGGUCUCCUCACUACGAGGUGCUGUGACUUUAGAGUCGGCUUCGAGGCUGUAUCAGACACUUAACCACCUGAGCGGUCCCCGUUUCGAGCACCGCCGGUUACAUCUUCCUUGCAUUGUAUUCCCUGUCACAGAUGUCAAGCGGCGCUCUGGAAGUGGUCGAGAACAGGAGACAUCUACGUAUGCAGUCAAGGCAAACGGGCUUCAUGACCUCCAUAUCACCACGACUCACAAGUGGACCCAGUUCUGGGGGGCAAGAUCUAUUCGACAGACAUUCCUGCUUGUCCGUCCAUGGGACCGCCGUCUCCUCGACCAGCUUGACUCUGCAGAGGAAGUUGACUUUGUGGAUGAUGCGGAGAGCUCGGGAGAUCGGUCCGAGCCCGAGUAUCCAUUGGACGCCUCACUCCCCAUUUCUCCUGGAGAAGAAGAGCUGGAUGAUUCGAAAUCUCACUCGCGAGCCUUGCGAUUGAUGGUUAGCCUUGGGCAGCCCUUCGCCGCAUUUUUGCUCGUACAACUGCGCAAGGGAGAAUAUAAAAGGAUCGCAUCGGAUCAUGAUAUCAUUGCACAGGUCAAUGACGUGGCUUCUUUCAACAACAUAAUGGACGUCAGGACCGUAGAGAUAUUGUAG